UUCGUCAUAUGUUUACGUUAACCUAAUAGUAACAAUAUGUGACCGAUUCAAUACUAAAAUAAUGAAAAAGUAUCAUCAGCUUAUGCUAUUAAUCAUUUCCGUCAUAAGUUUAAGUUUAUUUCUGAUUUAUCGACAUGAAUAUAAUCGUUUACAUUAUGUGCUGGAAGUUUUUAAUUUCUUUGGGCAACCAUGCAACAUUUCAAAUUUGCAUCAAACAGAGAAGAUUUUGAGUCAUCACGAUUGGGGCCCUGCACCAGCUUGGCAAGAACACGAAAGUGGAUACACCUACUCAGCUUUUUUAACAAGACAAAAUGAAGCUAAAGCGUUAACUUUACUAAGUGAUGAAAAAAUGGUGCCUCGGAAUUGUUACUUUUGGUUUGAAGAUAAGAAGAAACCUGUUAUUGGUAAAUUUAAAUUCUCCAAAGUAAUGAAUGAUGAUAACAUCCGUUUAAACUUGUAUUUUUAUAUCUGUGAAAUGACAAACAGCGAGCAUGUGCCAUACGCCGUCUCAUUUAGUUUUAAAAUAAAGAAAGAUAGUGAGUUAAAGAAGAUUAUGUUAGCUAAUUCUUUUAAACACAGAAUUAGUAACAAUGCAACCAUCUGUGUUUCUCCGUCGAUCUACAGCAAGAAGCGUUUUGUGGAAUUCCUUAGUUAUCAUAAACUGAUAGGAAUUGACUCAUUUAUUUUUUACAACAGGGAUAUUCCGCAUCGUUUGGUUAAAAUUAUCUCCAAUCUUUCAACAAGAUUAGGUUUAGAAGUUGCAUUUCUGCCGUGGAAUUUUCCCAAAGGUGACACUUUUAUAACUCGGCUCGCAGUAGAGAAUGAUUGUUUACUACGCACUUUUGAUCAAAGUUUAUAUGCGGUAACACUGGAAUUAAAUGAAUAUAUUGUGCCGCUACAUGUUUAUAGUUUUAACACAUUGAUCAAAAGCAUAAACACUAAUUCAGAAAGAAUUAGUUUACCUAUUGAGAAGUUUUGCAUAUCGAGCACAGAAACUUCACGACCAAUUUCAAUGGUAAAUACUGAUGUUGCUGAAGAUUAUAACUACAAUAUUGUCCGAUAUAUUUAUAGAAAUAACAUGAGAAAGGAUGAUAUUUCUACCUAUGCUGUAGACAAAGGACUUGCUUCCAUUCAUAAGUAUGUAAAAUGUUCUGUUGAGCCUUUCAGAACAAGACAGGAUAAAUCGAUAUUGAAAUUUUCUACUGAUCUCACAAGAUCUACUUUAUUUCAAUUGCUCACGCACAAUCAAAUAUAAUGUGAUCACUGAGUGCUUGGAAAUUGUCAGUAAUUGUUAUUACACAUCAAAUUUUUGACUGCAUUUUAUGUCAUUGUACUGUAUUAAAAAUACUUUUUGGACAGGUUUUUUAUUUUAUUGGUGAUGUACACAAAAGUUUCAAUGUUAAUGGGUUAAUUAAUUUAUUGUUUUAGUCUAUCAUAUAUUAUUCUAAAUGUGUAUGAAAUAAAUGUGUACAUUAAUA